CAAAAAGUGAAUUAAUCGAGAAGAUAGAAGCCGCAAGAAAUGGCUAAUUCUCUUUCUCAAACUCAGAAGUGAUGGGCUCGUAUGCCUCCUCAUCCCCACCCUUUUUAGUUUCUUCUUUCAACUACGUUGCUGCCUUCAACAGUUCUAACCCUAAGCUGCCUCUCAAAACCAACAUAACAUAUUUUCCUUCUUUCAGGCCUCCAAACUAUUGUCAUCUCAAGUUCCCAAGUGUGAAGAAGACCAAUGCUACACUAGAUGAGAAAGACCAAGUUGAUCCUUACCCACUGCUUGUUCAAGAACAGCAGCAACCAGACUCAGAAGUAGAGGAGAGUUUGAAAGUGCUUAAAAAAGCAGCAAAAACUAGGAAGGUUUCAGUAGAAGAGAUUCUGUCUGCCCUAUCUGUUAUGGAGAAGGCAAAACUUGAUCCUUCUGGGUUUUUGGAGACACUUGGUGGUACAGAGUCUCCUGGCAGAACUUGGAUGUUGAUCUUCACUGCCGAAAAGCAAUUGAAGGGUGGUCGCUACUUUCCUCUUACAGCCGUUCAGAGGUUUGACGCUGCUGGAAAGAGGAUUGAGAAUGGAGUGUAUCUCGGUCCAAUUGGAUGCUUAACAUUUGAAGGCAGAUUUUCUUGGAAGAAGAGAAUGCUAGCCUUCGUUUUUGAAUCUAUUCGUUUCCAAAUUGGGAAUUUGAAACCCCUAGAGAUCAGUUUGGGCCAAAAAAAUGACAGAGAGCCGUGCAACAAGGACCCUUUCUUUAUUUGGUUUUACAUUGAUGAGGAAAUAGCAGUUGCCAGAGGCAGAAGUGGGGGGACUGCAUUUUGGUGUCGGUGUCGCUUUGUCACUACCUCUUAUUCUUUUUGAAUUUAUGGUCAGAUUCUAUCACGGAUGAUAUGUAUUCAUAUUUUUACAUGUAUAUCUAUACAUGCUUGUACAUAUCAGGUUAACCGGACAAUUGAAACUGUUCUCUUUGUCAAA